AUGGAAGACUCCGAACAUAUUAGCGUACUUAUGGAAGGCAGUGAAAUACCACCGGCGGCGACCAUUGGUGAGGCUGACAAACCCAGCAACGACACAGCAACUGGAAUUGGAUCGACAUUCACAGCUGGUAGUGCACCGUAUUGUCACGCAUCAACGCCCACUACUCACCCUUCGACAUUUACAGUACCGGGCGUGAACAACGCAUCCAUGAUAACAUCAGUUCAUGGAACUCAACCGCACUACAUGGUAUAUAGCACCAGUGCACCGCUGUUUCAAACCGCGGCAGUCAACGCAUUUACAAGCACGUGGGGGCCCGGCAUUGCUAAUGGUGCCAUACCUAACCUCACUUCGGCUGCUAUGCCUUGUAGCGCGCUAACCUAUCCAACGUUCGGCAAUACAUUUCGGCCAUUUUGUUCACAGACGAAUAUGCAUAGCCGCGUGGCACCACAACCGAAUACUUCUGUUUUCAUGCAGCCGAACAUUACGCCAUCGUGUAACCAAACGCGCGACCCCUCUUAUAAUGUUUUCAGCCAAUAUAGCACAUCCGACGUCAAUUUAACACCAACGCAGAUUUCCAGCAGGCAAGUGAUAACCAAGGACUGGCCAAGGAUAAGCAGGCCUGAGGACUGGCCCCUAUUCAUCACGAAUUACGAGCAGUCUACCGAGCGAUGUGGCUUCACCGAUCAAGAAAACCUGAUCAGACUACAAAAGUGUUUAAAGGGACCAGCUCUCGAAGCGGUGCGUGGUAGGUUAAUGAUGCCAGCAACAGUAGGUCUGGCAAUCAACACAUUGAGAAUGCUUUAUGGUAGGCCUGACAUUAUUCAUCAAACGAUGCAGAUGAAAUUAAGACAAGAGCCAGCAGUUAAGGCCGAUAAAUUGGAAACGCUCAUAGCAUUUUCACUCGCAGUGCAAAACUAUCGCGCUACAAUCCAGGCGGUAGGCCUGGCCGAUUAUUUAAACGAUCCUGUGUUGCUUAAUGACUUGAUAGCCAAAUUGCCAAGCGAUCUAAGGCUCAAUUGGGGCGGUUAUCGUAUGUCGCUCAGUCACGUCGACAUUGCUGUGUUUGACGAUUGGCUUUUCGGACUUGCUACAUGCGCGAGUCAAGUUACAAGAUGUGAGCCACCCACAACCACAGCCGCCUUUGAAAAUAUUGAAGUAAAGAAAGGCCGCAAUUCCCACAAGGCGAGAAUUUUAGUUCAUGAAGUUAUCGGAAGAAAUGUAGAAGUAAACGCGAAGGUGACUAUAUGCCCAAAGUGUGGCGCCAACCAUAAGCUGUCAGACUGUGCAGAAUUUACUGCGCUCUCGCGAAGUGAUCGAUGGCUGUUUGUACGAGAGAAAAAACUUUGCUUACGCUGUUUCAAUUCUCACUAUGUUCGCCGAUGCAAUCUGAAGAAUAGGUGUGGGGUUGACGGCUGCCAGAUGGCACACAACGCUCUUCUGCAUACGCCUGUUCCCGUUAAGAGCAACGUCGGUCAUGAGCAAACGGCGCUAUACCACGAACGUCAUUCAGGCUCACCAAAGGAGAAGCAGAACUCGCUAUUCAGGUACGUCGCCGUUACUGUUCGUAGCGCAUCCAAAUCUGUUGACACCUAUGCACUCAUCGACGAAGGCGCGUCUUGUACUUUAAUUGAGAAUGAGCUUGCAGAUUAUCUUGAAUUGGACGGGCCGUCCGAGGCGUUGUGUCUGCGAUGGACUAACGAAACUACUCAAAGCGAAAAUAACUCCAAGUUUGUAAGUUUUGAGAUCGCAUCGACACAGUUGGGCUCUCCAAACUACAUGUUAAGAGGUGUACGCACUAUUGCUCAUUUAGGCCUGCCUGUUCAAACAUUGGACCGCGAUACCAUGGAGAAGCAUGCCCAUCUCAGAGGUCUACCUAUACUACCAUAUAACGGUGCUAGGGCUCGAAUUCUUAUCGGAGUCGACAACGCGAAAGUCUGUGUGCCAAUUGAAGUUAAGGAGAGUAGCACCUCCAACCUGAUUGCUGCUAGAUGCCGGCUGGGAUGGACCGUUUACGGUCGAGACACAUCUGAACACGCAGUGAUGCCCCGCGUGCUCCACAUCUGCAGCUGCGAUCCUACGAGCAGGGACCGAAUGGACGAACAGAUGAAGGCGUAUUUUGCUAUCGACGCUAUCGGUGUCUAUGCGCCAGCUAAACCGCUUCGGUCAAAGGAUGAUGAACGUGCUUUACAAUUGAUGGAAAAAUUCACCAAGUUUUUGCCGACAGAGAAGAGAUGGGAAACAAGAUUGCUAUGGAAACAAGACGUCGUCGAUUUACCCGAUUCACUUCCUAUGGCGCGCCGUCGACUAAUGUGCUUGGAAGCCAAGAUGAAGCGGGAUCCUGAACUCCACCGUUUUAUCGUCGACAAAAUUGACGAUUACAAGAAAAAGGGUUACAUACGCAAAUUGGAGUCACUUGAAACAUCGAUAGGUGGCAGAUCGUGGUACCUUCCCAUAUUCACGGUGCUCAACGUUAACAAAAACAAAACUAGAUUGGUAUGGGACGCUGCAGCCAAAGCUGGAAAUACUGCACUUAACAACAUGCUGUUAAAAGGACCUGAUCAGCUAAAUUCGAUGAUGGGCAUUCUUCUUCGAUUCCGCGAAAAGCCUUUUGCAAUAUGCGGGGAUUUACGCGAGAUGUUUCACCAAAUUAAGGUAGCCAAAGAGGACCAAGUGGCGCAGAAGUUUUUAUGGCGCGACGCGAACUACGUAAAAAACCAAAAUGCACAACGUUUUUCCGAAAACUAUCCCGAAGCUGUACAAGCCAUUAUAAAUAACACGUUCGUCGAUGAUUGGCUUCAGAGUGCAGACAAUGAGGAAGAGUUAUCGCGUUUGGCUACUGUUGUUCGCUGGAUCCAUAACGAAGGAGGUUUCGAGAUGCGAAACUGGGUAUCCAAUUCCAAGAAAACUUUGACUGCACUCUCUGCUAACAGCACGCUGCUGUCCAGAUAUUUUGAGGAACCUGAAGCUACUAUCGAAAAGGUGCUUGGAAUGUGGUGGUUACCAGCGUCGGAUGAGCUCACCUUUGUGGAAAAGUUUCCUAAAGAAGUUUUUGAUGAGCACACAUUCCCAUCGAAGCGACAAGUUUUGCGUACGAUCAUGAAAAUAUUCGAUCCCCUUGGACUGCUCGGGUAUGUCAUCAUACAAGCAAAAAUCAUCCUACAGGACAUUUGGCGUUCAGGUGUUAAUUGGGACGAGCCUAUCAGAGAGGAUGAUCGCAGUAACUGGUGGAACUGGUUGAAAAGAAUUUCUUCGAUAAACAACGUCAAAAUUCCUCGGUGCUACUUACUUUCCAGCUGUAGCCAGAGUAACCAGUUGCACAUUUUCGUGGAUGCAAGUAUCAACGCUUAUGCUGCUGUGGCGUAUUUGCGUGCUGAAGUUGGUAACGCGGUGAACUGUUCAUUGCUGGCUUCGAAGACAAGGGUCACACCAUUGAAGCCCAUUUCAAUACCGAGGUUGGAGUUAAUGGCAGCAGUUCUGGGCCUGCGGUUGGCAAUUUUUAUAGGCAAGCAACUUUCUGUUCAGGUAAGCCGUAGAAUUUUUUGGACAGAUUCGAAAAACGUGAUAUGCUGGGUGCGUUCAGAUGCAAGAAAGUUCCACCAAUUUGUUGCGUUACGUGUCGGCGAAAUUCUUGAGGGUUCCAGCGCUAAAGAGUGGAGGUGGUUGCCAUCUUCUGAAAACAUCGCUGAUGAGGGCACAAAAUGGUCCGACGUUCGCAAUUUUGACGACAAUGCACGCUGGUUUCGAGGGCCAAAGUUCUUAGCCCAGCCCGAAUCUAGUUGGCCUGUAGGGGAGCUAGUAGGCGCUACAUCAGAGCUGCACCACAUAAGUACAAGUACACCAUUGUUCCCCACCCUGUCAGUAAUUUCUCCAGACGUACGAAGGUUUAGCACAUGGGAGAGACUGCUUUCCACACAACAAAUUGUUUUGCGUUUCCUGCGCCGGAUCUUGAAGUUUACGCCACGUUCGCUACUAAGACUUUUCGAAUUGCGCGAUAUUCAAGCAGCAGAGCAAAUUCUUAUUUCCGUAAGCCAGGAAAAUGCGUUUAGCGAAGAAGUCAAAAGCCUACAACACGGUCAAAAUAUUCAACGGCAGUCUGCUAUAUAUAAAUGGUCGCCGUAUCUGGACGAGGUUGGGAUUCUUCGCGUGAAAGGUCGAAUCGACUUCUUAGAAGGAGUAGCAGUCGAUGUUAAGCGACCUAUAAUACUACCGAAAAAUCAUACAGUAACGCGUUUGAUAAUUGAUUUUUACCAUAGAAAAUUUCACCACCAUCAUAAUGAGAUUAUUGUCAAUGAGAUGCGCCAGCGAUACUGCGUCGGUGCUUUGCGAUCGAUGGUAAAGGAGUGCGCCAAAAGAUGCCAAAUAUGUCGCAAUCGUAAAGCUAAGCCGCAACCGCCUCAAAUGGGAAGUCUACCUGUAGAACGACUGUCACCAUUUACAAGGCCAUUCACGUUUACAGGAGUGGACUAUUUUGGCCCUAUCGACGUAGCUGUUGGCCGGCGGCGUGAAAAACGUUGGGGCGUGUUAUUUACGUGCCUGACGAGUCGUGCCGUUCACAUCGAGAUCGCCGCGUCGUUGUCGACGGAGACAUUCCUGCUAAUGUUGAAGUUGUUCGUGUGA